AUUAAAGCUCUGUAAAGAAAAUAUUAUUAUCCAUUAUUCCAACUUUAUAGGAGUGGUAACUCAGGCCCAUUUCAGUUGACUUGCCUGGGGUCACACACCUGCAUCAGAGCUGCAACUCAAGUCCAAAGCCUGCACCCUUGCCAUUCCUCUGCCUUAUCUCCCAUUUUCCCUCUGAGCUAGUAACAUGAAGAGGCCCCGUGGGGUCUGCAGGAAGUGGCAUUGGUUUGAGAAGCAUUCAGUUAUAGAAGAGGAAAUAUGGACCAAAGAUUUGGAAAUCGCUUCCUUCCAACCACUGGGUUGCUCCUUCCUGUAGAUCCACAUCAUUACUUAGACUUUGGAAGCAGCAGAGAAGUGCAGACAGGUUUUUAACGGUUUUAUCUGUUUGUCUGAUUAAGCAUUUCAUAAGCUUGUUUCAGAGCCCAUGUGCUGCUCACAGUUCCCAGACAGUCCAGGCUUGUUCACGCUACCGUUGGUGGCACGUCUUCUGCCUGCAGUACUUUCAGUAGUCCGCACGCCUCAUCUUUCAGGGGGACCAGCUCUAUGGCAGCCCUUCUCUCAUGUCUCCCUGACUCCCUUCCUUUCAGGACAUUUCCUCCAGCCUGUGAGCCCCACAGCGGGUGGCCAUGUCCUGUUCGUCGCUGUGUCACCCAGCACAGGGCACCGCGCCUGGGCUGUGCAUCAUCUAGUCUCCGCCCCAGCCCAGAGCAGUUAGAUCAGAACCUGGGGUUGGGAUGGGCAGCUGUAAUUUUCCCAAACGCCACAGAGGAGUCUUCUUUGCAGCCAGCCUGGAGACCCACUGGUUCCUGCCGGGCCCCUAUCCAGUCUGCUUGAGCUGAGUCACACCCACUUCUGGAGAUGCAUGGAGUGCUGCGGUCCCACCUCCCUUCCUCGGCAGGUGGCCCAUCCCUGGAAUUGUGGGGCAUCAGUGAUCCCAGCAUGGCACUCUCACUGGAAGGGGCCCGACAGGUCUGCUCUCAGCAUUGCCCCUGCUGCUUUACGUGCCCUCCUUAACGCAAUGAAACAUGACUGAUUGUGAGAGGAGGACAGGACUUCAUUCAGCCAUCCUUCCUUCCACCCAUCCAUCUUUCUGUAAUCUAUCUGUUGAGUACUCACUGUGGGCUAGGCACUGUGGUGGACAUAACACCUUGGACCAACUUAUGUUCUGCUUGGGAAAGUGUGCUAACCUUCUGAGAGGCAAGACUGUGUUUGUGUAGGUGUGUGUGUGCACGUGUGUGUGUGUGUGUGCGCACAUGUGUGUGCUGAGGCCAGGUCCUUGAACACAUCAGGAUUCUUAGUGACAGCACCUGUCUGGCUGGGCAGUGGGGAAGGUUUGGGGUGAAUGGGAGAUGUGACCCAGGUUUUGAAGGGUAGGGUGGGUACCAUAGAGGAGGAAUUGGGUGCUCUUGGAAAACCUGUGCUGGGGAGGGAAAGAUGGGAGGACUUAUUCUGAGGCUGUUCUCUAUGGAUGAUGAGCUUCAGGUUCCUUCUCUUCACUCAUUUAUUCACUCAUCAAACAUCUAAUGAGUUCCUACUACCUUGUACUCAGAGUUUGGACUGUGGACCAGCUGUUUCAGCAUCACCUGGAUCUUGUUAGAAAUGCAGGUUUUCAGGCCCCACCCUCGACCUACUGAAGCAGUAUCUCUGGGAGUGGGUUUAAGAAUCUCUGUUUUAACAAAUUCUCCAGGUGACUCAUGCAUGCUAGAGUUCAAGAACGCCUCCUCCAGAAUGUUGGGGUUUCCCCCUCCAUCAUUGCUCCAUGCUCAGCACAGGUCUCUCCGUAACCAUCUGUGGGCUGACUGUUAUGUACCGGUCCUGUUAGGUACUGGAAUGUGAGAGAUGCCUCAGGGGGAGGAUGGCAGUGUCAGCCAGGUUUGAGGUAUUAACAGGACAUGUGGGUGACAUUAGCCAGCAGGGCACUAGAUACACACGUGUCUCAGGAGAAAAGUCCAGGCCAUGGAGGGACACUGGAAGUCAUAAGCAAACAGCUAGAAUGACUAUAUGACCAAACAUAUGAAAAGAAACUCUCGAGACCCAUGUGAAAGUCAGGGGGGCAGGCGGUGAUGGGGCGUGUCUGCUAACAUGAAGCAAGUGCUCCGAUGAUUGUGGCCUGGGAGCCCAUUUGCCCAGCGUUGAGGUGACCUGUUAGCACUUUCACUCUUCAGACACUGGCUAUCAGGCCAAGAUUGUGACUCAUUUUAUGUCACUGAACAUCAAGAGAACAUUGCUCUUGGGGCCUCCUGCGACGGUUUCAUUUGUAGGGCAUCUGCGUUCUGUUUGGGUCCCCUUUCUUCCUUCUCUCCAGGGGACAAUAUGGCACUAAGAUCUGAAGGGAGUGGGUGGAGACAACCUUCCUUUGUAGUAAUUGUGAGCAAGGUGGGGUAGGACUCACAGUGUACUGGAGAAAAGCCCCUCCUCCCCAGCACCAAGUUCCCUGGUUUUGCAGAGAUGGGCCUGUAGGGGCAGGCCUUGGCCACAGCAGUGCUGUAAAACUUGAUCCGGAUUUAUUUUUGGAGAAUGAAUUCUGGGAUCUAGCAUUGCACUGUUUGGGCCACAACAAUCCAAACCCCAGGCCUGCCUCACAUGGUUUAUGGAAAAUCUGUUUGGUAAUCAAAUGGUUAAUAUCAGUCUGAGCAUAGGUCUGAUGGAGUGGGUGCAUUUAUACACCAGAUUCUCCUAUUAGAAGUGAUAGACCUUCACUGGAAAAAAGGAAGUGCUCACCAUUGUUAGUUCCCUAGCUGGAACAUUCUUUGUGAUCUAGGAGAGCUUAGGAAAAUAUUUGCUUUAGUUCCCCAAUAUCUUAGCAGCUGUCCCAGCAGCCUUGGCCUGUUGCCACUAGAUUCCACUCAACAGGGUUUGUCAGAAUGAUUUGGUUUCUGACUGGUCACUAGAUAAGUGUUCUAGACCGAAGUACUGGAGGCCCCAGGAUGCUCUCCUGAGGUUCCAUGGUGGACACCUCUCAGCCCGUGUACACUGUCCCCUCUGGGUGGCCCCAAGAGCCAACUGGCCAUUUGCCUGGGUGCUGCAUGGGCCCUGGCCUCUGCUUGCAGUCUCCUGAGAAGGAGCAAUCCACCAUGCCUGAAGUCAAAGACCUUUCAGAAGCCUUGCCAGAGACAUCGAUGGACCCCAUCACAGGAGUGGGGGUGGUGGCUUCUCGGAACCGAGCCCCGACAGGCUACGAUGUAGUUGCACAGACAGCAGAUGGUGUUGAUGCUGACCUCUGGAAAGACGGCUUAUUUAAAUCCAAGGUUACCAGAUACCUGUGUUUCACGAGAUCAUUUUCCAAAGAAAAUAGUCAUUUAGGGAACGUGUUAGUGGAUAUGAAGCUCAUUGACAUCAAGGACACGCUGCCUGUGGGCUUCAUCCCCAUUCAGGAGACGGUGGACACACAGGAAGUGGCUUUUAGAAAGAAGAGGCUGUGCAUUAAAUUUAUCCCACGGGAUUCAACCGAAGCCGCCAUCUGUGACAUUCGGAUCAUGGGCCGGACCAAGCAGGCCCCUCCCCAGUACACGUUCAUUGGGGAACUGAACAGCAUGGGGAUCUGGUAUCGAAUGGGCAGAGUACCAAGAAAUCAUGACUCAUCUCAACCCACUACGCCUUCCCAGUCAUCAGCUGCUUCCACCCCGGCCCCCAACCUUCCCAGGCACAUCUCUCUAACGCUCCCUGCCACCUUCCGAGGCAGGAACAGCACGCGGGCGGACUACGAGUACCAGCACUCCAAUCUGUAUGCCAUCUCAGCAAUGGAUGGUGUGCCUUUUAUGAUUUCAGAGAAGUUUUCCUGUGUUCCAGAAAGUAUGCAGCCCUUUGAUCUCUUGGGAAUCACCAUCAAAUCUCUGGCAGAAAUUGAAAAAGAGUACGAGUACAGCUUCCGCACGGAGCAGAGCGCCGCUGCCAGGCUCCCGCCCAGCCCCACGCGGUGUCAGCAGAUCCCUCAGUCCUGAGGGCCCCUGUGGGGCAGAGACGCCUCCGCCCAGACUACUGAGCGCCCCUCCCUCGCCCGGACCCCCGCCACCCUUCCGCACCGCCCUGCCCGGCGCUUCUGGGAGACUCUGGGCGGCUGAGCUGUUGCCUCCUCGGUCAUCGGCUUGUCUGACAUGGCGCCCCGCCUCCCUGAGGAUGCUGUCCAUAACCUCGACUAACCUGUGUGUGUAGUGACCAGCGGCUGCUGCCCUGUUGUCCUGUGAACAACCCUACCCACCGCGGGAGUCACCCCCAAGGGCCCUGGACAGUUCUUCUGGCUGCCCAGUGACGCCGCUGGCUCCCUUCACUCCUGACUGUCACCACCACUAAGCCAUUGCUUUCCUCCCGGAAGACUCCCGGGGCUGCGUGGAAUGAGUCCCUCACCAACGGCAUCACCUGCCCAACAACUUCACAGAGACCCUAAGGAAACGCGGGAGGGAGAUGCUGGUGGUCCCCGGGUGGACCCAGGCCUGGCUCCCUCCCCGCUGUGGACAUUAGACUCGCCACUCAGUUCACACACUGGACACCCUGAGGUCGGGGGCAGCACCCUGGCCACCAGCCCAGAGAGGACUUGCCUUCUGGGCGGGAAAGCCAGGUGGCCAGGCGCUUGCCAGGACGUGAGUUCCGCUGCCGGGACGCAGUGCUCACCCACCUCCUCCCCUCACCCUACAAAGGGCUCGUCUCUGCAGCGCGGUGCCAACAACAGCUCCCACUGCCCGGCCGGAGCCCUGACCUGGUGGCCAGGGCUGUGGGUGAAGGGGCUCCGUGAGCCUGUGCCCAGGGACGUGGACACACAUCACUGGGCUUCUCCCAGCCAGGCCGUAUCUCGCAGCCUCUGCUAACAGGAAGAGUUGUUUCCAAAAGCCCAUCUGACCCAGGUUCCCAGAUGGGCGAGAACUGACAUUUCCGCCAUGAGUGGCCAGCGAACGCACUGGCGUUCCCCAUGGUGCCAGCUGCCCUGUCCAGCUCCAUGCACGUGUGCCAGGAGAGCGGAUCUGCCACCAGCCUGGAGGCUCGGUCCUCAUCCUGGUGGCUGCUUUGUCAUGCUGUUGGAAUUGGAACUCCCAGAAUUUGGUAUCUCACAUCUCAGAGGUCACCAGAUGGUUGGAGCUUUGGACGUGAGGUUUGAUGUGUCUGGAGGCUGGCGUGUGGGUGGCAGCCCAGGAGAGCUGCUGCCCAGCCGGGACAGCCCCUUCCUCCCUGCACUUCCUAGGAUGGCACGUGGGCGGCUGGGGGCGGCAGGAACUGGCCAGCAGUUAGGAGGGGCAGCCUCCAACUGAGAAGUGGGGCGGGGGCAAAACAUACCUCACAUACUUGCAUCAGCCCAGCCACCUCCAGGCCUCCAUUGCUCCCCACAGUUGCCCUUGGGUCUUCAUUUCAAUACCUCCUGAUCUCUGUGCGUCGGGGAAGUGCUCACCUCUCCCUACCACCCCCGAGCCCUGAGGACAUCCCCGUGGGGCUGGCUUUCCCGUGCCUCCCCCCGCGGCACGGUGGCAGGAACAGGCAGUUAGUUGGUGGAUCCCACCAGGGCCGGGGAGGCCGCAGGAUGGAAAGUCCGGUGAGGACCCCGUGGGAUUGGUGCUUAUCCAGGACAGCACUGAUGAACUGCUCUCACAUGUACCCACUAAAAUAAGCUGGUUGUUUCCAGGGACUUGGGGGAGCCCUGUGAGGCCCAGAGAACCUGUGUCUGCUACUGCUGUUUGGAUGGGAGGGGCUGGUCCAGAACCAGUGAGAGGGGUGAUGUCUCUGCCCCCUUCUGCCAGUUGCAUUGGUUUGCGCGCUUAGACCUUCCUCUCUGGUCCCACCCCAGCUGUGGGAUCAUCUUCAACAGGUAACGCCCGGCAGCCUUUCUCCCUUGACUGAGAACCAAGUGUUUCGGCACCUCUGAUGGGCCCUAGGAGGUCCAAAGACAGUGACGUGGGAUUCCCGUCAGCGAGCAAGUGGGCAGUGAGGGUGGUUGUGGGGAAAGGGGGGGGCCCUCCGCCAGCCCCCAACCCCGGGCCAUCCUGCAGUUCCCGGAUGGACAGAGCGAGGCUGUGUGGACGCGGGCAAGCUGGGGAGGCCUGCGCGGUGUCACAGACUUAGUCUAGGCUUCACAGUGACUGUGACCAUCACUACAACAGCAGCUUGAGAUAACUAAGACAGUGUUACAGAGAAGCUAGUGUCCGUGGUAGACUUCAGGCUGCUCCAAACCCUCUGUUUCUCUCCUUCUGAGACAGGGGACGGUGCGUGCAGGUGGGGCCCCGCUCACCCCCAGGAAUCGAGUGCCCUGAUUCUUUCUAGGACGGUGCUUUUCUUCACGAGCCCUCUGGCCAUGUGGGCAGGGAAGGCAGGGGCUCUCUUGGAAACACAAAGUCCUUGUUGGAAGGACUAACCGGAGCACAGGGGCCCACGUGGCCUUCUCUUUCCUCUUUGAAAAUUCAGAGUCUCUCCAAAGGCCUUGGAAAUGGCACAGCAGUGAUGAGGAGUAAGCAGUUUGCUCCAGGUUCACUUGCAAAUUUAUAACAAGGCUUUUUCCCACCUCGAGUCCAGGAACUGAUGCUAGCCGCAGCCUCCACUCAGAGGGAGGAGCCCCCCGGGGGCGAGGAGAAACAGUAGGUCAGGCCCCUGCCCUCGCUCCCCGGAGGCCGCCCUACUGGGAAAAGCCACCAGUGUCUUUUCCACCGGCGCCCGGUUGUUAGGAACGGCGGCAGGGAACCGGGAGGACUCACAUACGAAGCACCCACUCCUUGCCAGGCACAAGGCCGGCACUUGAAGCACAUUUUCUCUUGUCACUCCCCUCCCUCCUGCCCCCCCCCCCAAAAAACACAAACACCCAGAAGUGGAUGUUAUUUGUUCCUGGUUCCAGACGAAGAUGGUGAGACACGUCCCCAGGCACAGAGCUGGUAAGUGGCAGAGGCAGGAUCCGGACCCGCGCCUCGUCUGGCCCCAAGCAGGACCCAGCCCGCAGCUCCCUGGAGAGCGGUGGAGCCCAAGGGUGAGGGCCGAGAGGCCUUGACAGCAGCCGCGUGCCCAGCAGGAGCUCACCUUCCCCUGGGCCUAGAGGGGCGGGGCUGCCCGCGCCUCGGGGCGCCAACUGUGCUGUCGGCACCUGUCACCACCAGGAGCCGGGGCUUCGGCCGGGCCUCUGGGUGCUGGCGUAGGAACGACAUCCUACUGCGUGUAUUUAUUUGAGCCGAUGCUAGUACUUGGCAAAGGGAAGUUUCACUGUGUGAUUGUCUUCUUAAUAUAAUUUGUUAAAUAAAUGUUUGUUUUAACCUUU